GCAGCAACCAACACAUUUCUGACAGGCGCCAUUUUCAUACAUCCUAAGACAUCGGAACACGCUACCCACCCUCAUCUUCCUCUUCCUACCUUCCACAAUCAAAAUUAAUCCCAAACAUAUUAUCAUAAGAAGAAGGUGUUUUAAUUAAUAAAUAUAUAUAUAUAUAUAUAUCGAGAAAUAAUCAAUUAAGAAUGUCGUCGAAAAGGUCGUCGAUGAACAGAAACAGGCGUCGAUUCAGCGACGACCAGAUAAGGUCCCUGGAGACAACCUUCGAGAGCGAGUCCCGACCGGAGCUCCGGCUGAAACAGCACCUGGCCAACAAGCUGGGGCUCCAGCCCCGCCAGGUGGCUAUAUGGUUCCAGAACAAACGUGCCCGAUCCAAAUCGAAGCACAUCGAGGGUCAGUACACUCUCCUCAAAGCCAAUUACGACAACCUCGCCCAACAGUUCGACGCCCUCCGACAAGAGAACCAAACCCUUCUCCUCCAGCUUCAGAGGCUGAGGAAGAUGGCAGAGUGCAAGAAGGAAGUGGUCGGAAUUAUGGAGGAGGACUUCAAAAAUAAUAAUAAUAAUAAUAAUAAUAAUAAUAAUGAUUAUAAUAGUGAUGAUGGGAAGGGGAGAUUUUGUGGGGAUCGUUGCGGCCACGCGCCGCCGUGCAGCGAGGAGGAGUACCGCCAGCUGGAGGAGGAAGCCGACGUGUUCGACAUGGUGCGAAUGGCGUCGCCGGAGAAUGGCUGCAGCUUUGAGUCCGCCACAUUUCUUGAUCACACUUCGCACUUGUGGGACUUUUAGCUUUUUUCUAAUUUAAUUUUAAAUUAAUUUCACACACACAGACACAUAAUAUAUAUAUAUGUAUUUUAUGUAUGUAUAGUUGUGUGGUUAUUUCUGUUGGUCAGUAAUAUUGAAUGGAGGCAGAGGAGAGCAGGGGAGUAGAGCUAUAGAGUUGUAAGUAAAUACUGUCGUACAUAGUAUUACCCUUACAGCAUAUAUUUAUUUAUUUUAUUAUUUAUAUAAAAUUUUGUUGGUUGAAGUUUCAGAUUUAAUAGUUUAAAUAA